CUCUGGCUUGCUCAUGACCACGACGACGGUUACAAUGGCCUCAGGGCUCCGCUCACCACCCACCCCUCGCUCGAGUGCACCUUCACCUCGUCCGAGCGCACCUUCUCCACGGCCGACGUUCGAUGCUGACCUCCUCCGCGCAUACAUGAAGGAGCUCCUGGCGACGACGCUGAAGAGCGCAACAUGGCCCGAGACGAAGGAGCGCGAUAAAGUCAAAGCAUGGAUAAAGGAGAUCGGCGAGCGCGUGAAGAAGCGGAUGCUAGAGAUUCAGCCUCGAGAGUUUAAAUACAUCGUCUUGACGCAGAUAAAUGAGAACGCUGGGCAGGGAGGCCGAGCCGAUCUUGUGUGUCACUGGGAAGACUCCGACGUCGUAGCUCAAGAGGUGUUCGCCAAUGACUCCAUCAUUUGCAUAUGCGUCGCCUUCGCUGUUCGGACGAUAUAGCGGCCGCCUUGUCGAUCGAGCUUCGUUGUCUUGCUGCCUUUGAGACGACAACCCAUAUCCCCGCCGUUUGAAGGACCAGGACUGUAUUCGGAUAUACCCAUGACAUACGGCACUUGCCAGAACCACCCGAAAUGCCUAACGCCAUAACAUGCACCCGUGAAUCCGGCGCACCACCCGCCGGCUAGUCCACCCGAUCUCCACCGUCAUAAACCCACCAGCUAUCAACGAUCCGCCGCAUCGGCGGCGCGUUCGUGUUAGGACGUCAUGUUCGAGGCGAUGGUUCAGGGUGGCGAGGGCCGGUGCGGUGCGGUGUCGUGUGCUGGUAAGCAGGGUUCCGACGUUUGUGACCGCAGCUUCCUCGUUGGUCCAAGCCUGUAGGCGACCGGGACGAAACCAGCGUUUGAUGACCGCCUC